UUUUGGAGUCAAAGAGAAGGGGUUGGACAGAGAAUGGUACUGUUUAUUCAAGUGCCAUAAUGCACAUUAAGUUGUCAUUUUAAAGGGGAUAUUGUUCAGGGAACCAAAAGAAGUGCAUUCUUUCAGGACAUCAACACGUCAGGGCAAUCAUGAUGUCACCAGAGGACAGCAGCACCCUGGAGGGCUUAUUGUAUGGCAGCCUCCAUGGUGACGAGGGGGAGGAGUCAGUGAACCAGGGGAGCAGACAAUUAGGAGAGGAUCAUUCAAAAGCCAGUUCUCCAGCUACAGGCUUAGUAGAGGAGCCGUUGGUGUGUGCCGGCUGCGAGGGACGUGUUUGCGACCGCUUUGUCCUAUUGGCUGCAGGGCGGGCGUGGCACGAGGCGUGUCUCCGCUGUAGCCAAUGCCAGUGUGAGCUCCAGACGCACCUCACACUCUACUGCCGUGACGGCAGCAUCUACUGUCAGCAGGACUACUGCAGGUUAUUCAGUGUGGGACGAUGUGCCCGCUGCUCCCAGCCAAUCCCGUCGUCAGCAAUGGUCAUGAGGUCUGGUGAUCUGACGUUUCACCCUGAAUGCUUUUCCUGCCAGGAGUGUGAUGUCACUUUGAUGCCUGGAAACCUAUACAGUCAACACGGGCAGAGCCUGUACUGUCAAUCACAUUACCAUGAUGACAGCAGUGCGCCACCCUCUCACAAGCUCCACCUCAAGCAGAGAGAAGGAGAAGGGGAGGAGUCUGUCAGCAGCCCUGAGCCACGACUGGACGAUGGUGUUACAGGCGGCCGGGCCCGCAGGCGGACUAAGCGAAUAAGAACAUGUUUCCGCAGCGAACAGUUGAGAGCCAUGGAGUCCUAUUUUGCCCUGAAACACAACCCUGAUGGCAAGGAUUGGAGCUGUCUGUCUCACAGGACCGGUCUGCCCAAGAGAGUGCUUCAGGUGUGGUUCCAGAAUGCAAGGGCCAAGCUGAGGCGUUCCCUCUCAGCCGACGAGUCGCAGAGCAACUCACCCGCCCCCCAGAGGUUCGACACCAUGGCUACAGCCUCCCCGUCCCUAGUGACCUCCCACCAGUCCUUCCAGACCAGCACCAUCGACCAACUGGAGCUCUCUCUGCUCACCGCCCCUCUCAGUGACCCGCCCCAAAGCCCCGCCGACCAAUCAGCAGGCUUUAAAGACUCGUUCUUCCUGGACUACAAUCCCCAGGGUGCACCAAGGCUCUCCCCUUUGAUGACCUAUGAUUUUGGGGAGUCUGGAUUGGGCAGAGAAGGCGAUUCUGACUCGGUCAAUAAUAUGGUUGAAGUACCAUGUUUACAUUAUUCUGGUGAGCACUACGCUAUUUAGUCUUCCAGGACAACAAGUUAUGACAGAAGAGAAGCUACAAGUGUCUAACUAUAAUUGACAAACAAAUGGCCUACCAAAUGUCAAAAAUGUUAAUAUGGCCUGCAGAAAUGUAUCUAAAUUAUGGGGGAAAGUAGCCUAAGCCAGUAGGCUAUGCAGUCCGGUACAGAGUAUCAGCAAAACAAAUGACUGGAAUUAUGAUGGAUCGAACUGCACAGGUAGCCUAUCUUUUUCAAGUGAGUUUGACAAUCAGAUAAAAACAUCACCCAUGCUAUGUGAAACUGAGCCUGCGCAGACCGCGAAAAACAACAGUAAACUGAAUUUGAUGUUUACAUGCUACAGUAUCCCGUCGAAGAUCAGCAUGUCCCAGCCUUCUUAUCCGGGUGUCUCAUAACCGGGAUACAAACCUUUUCGGGUUAUUGUAAUCAGGAUAGGAUGUUUUAUAUGGAGCAACUCAAAAACAGAAUACUUGAGUAUCCCGAAUAAUAAGUGGAUAUUGGUGUGCAUGUAGACGUGGUCAAAGUUAGGCAUGUUGACGGUACAGCUCCGUGAACUGAUAGAAUUUUAGUUAUAAUAAUGCUAUGGUAAAUUAAGCAUUUUAUGAUUAUUCCUCGCUCCUUGUUUUGUUCCACGGUUUGUCAUGGCUGUUAUGAUAUCAAUAUGCGCAAGUAGUUUAGAGAUGUAUAGAUGCUUGUGUUUGUUAUGAUAUUGUACACACUGAGUGUCAGGGAAUGUGUGUAAGAGCAUGUAUCUGAAUCCCACCACAAAUAUGACUACGAGCUCUUUGUACUUUAAUAAAUGGGCUGUAUUAACGGAUG